AUGCUCAAUACGUAUCAUCAGGAGGGGCCUUGGGACGAGCACGACGAGUCUGCCAGGCGGAAAAGACUCGGCCUGCCGAAUCUGAAGCAGGAGUAUAUCCAGCAAGGCGGUCGAUCUAGCGCUGGCCCCUCAUCCACCAUCCCUCGUCGCGUGCCCCGGGUGCCUCCUGCAGCCACGACGAGUCAGCGGCCACAGGUUACCGAGUGGACGCGGAGGCUCAUGGAUAAGCUGCGGCGGGCGAGAGAGGAGGAAGAAGCGAAGGGGAAGAAGGAGGAAGAAGAGCGGGAGGAUGCGGGGAGGAAGCGAGAUGAGCUAUCCUCGUCCCUCUCAGACACGCCUAGCGAAGCCGAUCGAAGACAGGAGCAUGAGUGGUCCAAGCCAGCGUCAACAGGAACACGCUCACACCGCCCCGUGCCCAGGAUCCCCGCCAAGCCCGACUCGGAACGGACGCCAGACCCGUCGGCGAAGAAGCGCAAGGAACGACAAGACCUGUCCAAGUCCACACCUCGUCCCCGGGUCAAGCGGAGCGGGAAGCGGGGCGGAGCUCGACCGGAGCUUGCGCCUAUGUCGGCGUCAAUGAUGGCGAGGAAGGAAGCGGAGCGGAAGAGGAGGGCGAAAAGGGCUGAGGAAAUGGGAGAUAUCAGCGGGACUGUGUAG